AUGUGGCUGCCGAGCGGCGGCGGGGAGGAGGCCCCCGGCCCGUGCUUGCGGGGCUGCGGUGGAAAGCAGCGGGGCUUCCUCGGGCGUCAGGUGAAGCUGAGAGGCGGCGCGCGGAAGGCUUUUGAGAGGCGGCAGGGUAAGGCAGCCGUGGAUGCGGUCCGCGUGGAGGUCGUCAGGGCCUAUGAGGAGCCGCGUGUGCCGUACAGGAAGGGCCCCUUCGUCGCGCUCGCUCCCACGGCGCAGCGCCUGCGGUCGUCCACUAAUAAAGCGGCAUCGGCGUCAGCCAGCGGCUCUGGCAGCACCUCCGCCAGUGGCUCGGUGCUCUCCACCACGCUGCCAGUUGCGUCGUCCUCUGAGUUCUCCAUCGCCUCGGCGGUUGCGCACGCGGACGACCUCGAGGGUGAAUGGAAGCUUGACGGGGCGAGACAACAACAACAGUAG